AUGGAUGAGGAAAACAUGACGAGGAGCGAGGAGCAGCAGCAGCUGAGUUUGCAGAAGGCGCUGCAGCAGUGCGAGCUGGUCCAGAACAUGAUCGACAUCAGCAUCUCCAACCUGGAGGGGCUCCGCACCAAGUGCGCCGCCUCCAACGACCUCACGCAGAAGGAGAUCCGCACCCUGGAGAGCAAGCUGGUCAAGUACUUCAGCCGGCAGCUCUCCUGCAAGAGGAAGGUGGCCCUGCAGGAGCGCAACGCCAAGCUGGAGGGCUUCCCCCAGCUCCUGCACUGGUUCCGCAUCGUCGACAUCCGCAAGGAGGUGAUGGAGGAAAUAGCCCCAGGGCAGCUGAGCCUGGAGGAGCUGCUGGAGAUGACUGAUGAUCAGGUCUGUGAGACGGUGGAGAAGUUUGGGGCCAACAGUGAGGAGUGCGCCCGCCUCAACGCAUCCCUCUCCUGCCUCCGCAGCGUCCAUAAGUCUGGCGGCAGCCUCUCCAAGCAGGACUGGACCAUCCAAUGGCCCACGACGGAGCCAGGCAAGGAGAACCAGCCAGGCUGUCCUCAAGAACCCGCCCCGUGGAGCCGCACGCACCUCUCGGCCAGCCCCAAACCCCCCGCCAAGUGCGCCCAGCACCACUGCCACGGCCCCCUCUACACCCACGUGGACCGCCUGACUGUGGAGGGCCACCCUGGGCUGUGUCCCCCCGUGGAAUCCGGCCACCGUUCCCUGCCUCCCUCCCCUCGGCAGCGGCACGCCGCUCACACCCCGCCGCGCACCCCCAACAUCGUCACCACCAUGACACCGCCGGGCACGCCGCCGCUGCGCCGCAGGAACAAGCUGAAACCCCCCGGCACCCCCCCACCUGCCUCCCGAAAACUCAUCCACCUCCUGCCUGGCUUCACAGCCCUGCACCGCAGCAAGUCGCACGAGUUCCAGCUGGGGCACCGCGUGGACGAGGCGCACACCCCCAAAACAAAGAAGAAGAAUAAGCCCCUCAACCUCAAGAUCCACAACAGUGUGGGCAGCUGUGAGAACAUCCCUGCGCAGCGCUCACCGCUGCUAUCCGAGCGCUCCCUGCGGUCCUUCUUUGUGGGCUACCCUCCCUUCCUGCCCUCCACACCUCCUGUCCACACUGAAGCCACCUUCUCUGCAAAUACGCUGUCAGUGCCUCGCUGGUCCCCACAGAUCCCCCGCCGAGACCUGGGCAACUCCAUAAAGCACAGGUUCUCCACCAAGUACUGGAUGUCCCAGACCUGCACCGUCUGCGGGAAAGGAAUGUUGUUUGGCUUAAAGUGCAAAAACUGCAAGCUCAAGUGCCACAACAAAUGCACCAAAGAGGCCCCUCCGUGCCACCUGCUCAUCAUCCACCGCGGAGGGAGACGAGCCGUGCGGGGCGAGGCAGAUUUGCAUUGCAAACCGCUUCCACCCACCCUCCCCCUGCCACCUUUUCUUUUCAGAUUCCCCACCGCACGGGCACGGUUGGUGCGGACCGAGUCGGUGCCCUGUGACAUCAACAACCCCCUGCGCAAGCCCCCACGCUAUUCAGACCUGCACGUCAGCCAGACGCUCCCCAAAACCAACAAGCUCAACAAGGACCACAUCCCGGUGCCCUACCAGCCGGAUUCCAGCAGCAAUCCCUCCUCCACCACCUCCUCCACGCCAUCCUCGCCGGCCCCACCACUGCCACCCAGCGCCACGCCGCCGUCCCCGCUGCACCCAUCCCCGCAGUGCCCACGCCAGCAGAAGCAGUUCAACCUGCCAGCCUCCCAUUACUACAAGUACAAGCAGCAGUUCAUUUUCCCAGAUGUGGUGCCUGAGACGCCAACCCGAGCCCCACAGGUGGUCUUGCACCCCGUCACAUCCAACCCCAUCCUGGAAGGAAAUCCAUUACUUCAAAUUGAAGUGGAGCCCACGUCAGAGAAUGAGGAAGGCACCGAGGAGGCUCAGGAGUCAGAGGACGACUUUGAGGAGAUGAACCUCUCGCUCCUCUCCGCCCGCAACUUCCCCCGCAAAGCCAGCCAGACCAGCAUCUUCCUGCAGGAGUGGGACAUCCCCUUUGAGCAGCUGGAGAUCGGCGAGCUCAUUGGCAAGGGCCGCUUUGGGCAGGUCUUCCAUGGCCGCUGGCACGGGGAAGUGGCCAUCCGUCUCAUCGACAUUGAGCGGGACAACGAGGACCAGCUGAAGGCUUUCAAGAGGGAGGUGAUGGCGUACCGGCAGACGCGGCACGAGAACGUGGUGCUCUUCAUGGGAGCCUGCAUGAGCCCUCCACACCUUGCCAUCAUCACCAGCCUGUGUAAAGGACGGACUCUCUACUCGGUGGUGAGAGACGCCAAAAUCGUCCUGGAUGUCAACAAGACGAGGCAGAUAGCACAGGAGAUUGUGAAGGGCAUGGGGUACCUGCAUGCCAAAGGAAUCCUCCACAAAGAUCUCAAGUCCAAAAAUGUUUUCUAUGACAACGGGAAGGUUGUGAUCACGGACUUCGGCCUCUUCAGCAUCUCGGGAGUUCUCCAGGCAGGCAGGAGGGAGAACAAACUGCGGAUCCAGAAUGGCUGGCUGUGCCACCUGGCCCCUGAGAUCAUCCGCCAGCUCUCGCCCGACACUGAGGAGGACAAGUUGCCCUUCUCCAAGCACUCGGACGUCUUUGCUCUGGGCACCAUCUGGUAUGAGCUGCAUGCACGAGAAUGGCCCUUCAAGACACAGCCAGCGGAGGCGAUAAUAUGGCAGGUUGGGCGAGGGAUGAAACCCAACCUCAGCCAGAUCGGGAUGGGCAAGGAGAUCUCGGACAUCCUGCUGUUCUGUUGGGCCUACGAGCAGGAGGAGCGACCCACCUUCACCAAGCUCAUGGACAUGCUGGAGAAACUGCCAAAGCGCAACCGUCGCCUUUCCCACCCUGGGCACUUCUGGAAGUCAGCAGAGUAA